AUAGUUUUACGACCACUGCAGUAGUGUAACUUUUCCAAACGUUUCCUAUUUGAGAUUUAGAAAUUGACACAUUGGCUCAAGGCGAAUUCAUACAUUUAUAAAUUCGCCUUGAAUUGACUAUUUUUCAAUUUGGCGGUUGGAUUUUCAGUUGUCCCGUUUAUCUGAGUUAAUUUGUUAAACGAUUUUGUUAUAUUGUGUGUAUUUUCGAUGUUAAAGUGAUAAUUUGUAUGUCUGUCUUUUCUUUAUUAAUGUUGUAUGAAGUGUAUUUUAAUAACAAAUAAGUUUAAAUCAAAUCAGACUUAACAAAAAUCUGCGAAUAAAAUGAGCGCUUUCGAGGUGGUGCUUACUCCGACACACCCAAAAUGCAAGAAGCGAAUAGAAUCUCGCGAGCCUACCGACGUUGUAAUGGCGCCAUUCUCCGCCAAAUCCAUUGUAACAUUCGAAGAUGUGCCAGUUGGAAAGACGGCGAGACGUAUUUUACGUAUAGUCAACCCCUCUGAGGAUAAUAUAGAGGUCCGUGUUAUAAAGCCAAUAAGCGAGGAAUACAAUGUUUCAAUUAGUUGGGACGAAAUCGUUAUACCCCGAUCCAAAACUGUAGAGAUGGAGAUGGUAUGGAAUCCUUUGGAACAAUUCACUUGUAAAGAAACAUUACAACUUUUGGAUAACAGAAAUUUUCGUAAGGAUGUUAUGGUGAUAAUGAAAACCCGCGUAACCAAUCCUAUUAAGAGUGUUCGAAAAUUUCCAACUAUUUCGACUAGUAACAGCAGUUAUGUGAGAACGCUACGUCUCAAGUCCCCGAAAGGUGCCACAAAAUCGCACAAAUCCAGCUCAGCACAGACACAAUCGCGCAAACCACCCACAACAACUACUCAAAGGGCAGGUAAACCGCCUUCUGCCCCAUCAACCACACAGGUACGCGCGCCUCCUCCGAGAUCAGUAUGGGCAGAUACUAAAUGUAAUUUACGUGAAGAACAGAAACGCGAAGUGUUCGAUGAAAUUACUAUAAACUUUACUCACACAUCUCCGCUUUCUGAGCGAAAUAUUUACGCGCGCAACAAAGCUGUGAAUACUGCUAUGCCCACAGUUUCUUCAAACAAAUCACCAGUUCUGCUUACACACAAAGAAAAUGUUAGUCCUAUGACUCCUAGCAAUGUCAUAAAAAUGUUCGACAAGAUUCAGUUCACACCUAUAAACAGUGGUGAUGUGAAAAGUGGUAUUGCUGGACAUCACGAUUUGGAUAAUUUAGCCAGUUGGCCAACACCUGUUAGCGUGGAUUCGGUGAAGGUUAACUUAUCAACCAUGCGACCACGGCGGUUAACUUCGGCCAAUGAGUCCGCUGAUUUCCUUGAGAAUACUAAUACCACUCAUAUGACAGUCGAGUUUCAUAUGGAUCAAAAAUCGCCUGGCAGCGCUGUUAUUACAAAUAAAACUUUUGAAGUAAGACACGAAAAUAUUAAUAUAUCAACAGAUUCCUUGGACACACCCGUUUGUUAUGGUGUUACGCUUAACAAGACCACUACAAUUACCACAACUCCAAAGUCGCGCCCACUAGCUAUGAUAGAAGAGGAAGAUACUAGCCUUUGCAGUGGAGAACCUGAGAAAACUUAUGUGAAAAACAAAAGUGAGAUAGUGGCCGAAUCAAGUCCCGUGCGUGGGGAAGAAGAUCUGUUACGCGACAUUAAAUUAGUAGGCACACCUUUGCGAAAAUACUCCGAAUCAAUGAAAGAUCUUUCACUGCGUUCACCAAGCAAGCGUUACUCGGCUAGUCAAGGUUCUAUGCCGAAUCUGAAUGAAAUGGAAUGUAUUCGGUCCAUCGAGCAGAAUCGAUACUUUUUCAAUAAUCGCAUGCCAUCGCAAGGGGGUUUAAUCUCGGAAGCAAGUACCCCUAUCUACCCACCACCCAAAAUUGGUGAACCCAAUACCCUAGGCAACGAAUCUGCAUAUGUCGAUUUAGGGAUUAUGUCCCAAGCCGAUCUCGCUUUUAAUCAAAGCGAAAUAUUAGCGCAAUCGAGUCGUUUUAAUUUAAAUGAAGUUGGCGUAAAAUCGCGUCGCAGUAGCCCAGUUCCUGUGUCUGGCAAAUGGCGAGAUUUACGUGGCGUGUCACCCAAAUCAUCAAAAGUUAAAUUGUCUGAGUAUUCGCCAUCGAAAUCAAACAAGCGAAAUUCACAGGAUCUAUCUUUUUCCGAUGCGCCAAGCAGUGAAUCUCUAGCGACUACUUCCAGCGAUAAAUCGUCAGUUAGGAGCUGUUCUUCUAAAUCCAAAAAUGCACCAUCUUCCAACAAAAAUAUGAGCCUGAUUUUGGUUUCGCCACCAAAGCGGCAGCGUGUAGAUAAUGAUUUCACUUUUGAGCGUCCGUCAAUACCUGGUUUAUCGCGCUCCAAAAAUUGGUCACGUACUCAGGUGAAAAAGAUGAAAAUAGUAAAGCCAACUACACCAAAAAAGGUCAGUCCACCAAAUAUUCAACUCU